CGGCCAUAUUAGGGGACAAAGGGGUGUGAGAUAUAUUGGCUAAUUUGGUUUGUUAUGGUGGUUGAAAUAUGGUGGUUGUGAAGUGGAAAGGGGCAGGCCAGGGAUGGGGUAAAGAGGGGUGAGAUAUGGUUGUUUGUGAUGGGUUUAUACGUCCCACACAUCUCAACAAAUGGGAUGUUUUAUUCUUAGCUUUGGAGUGUAGUUGUAGGGCUUAUUUGGUGGUUAAAAUGGAGGGUGUGUAUGCUGUUUGGGUAGGGAACAAAGGGGGUCCAUGUGUUGGGGUUUAUUAUGGGGAUGAUAUGUGUUGUUUUGGCUCUUGUGUUUCGGCCAGAAUUGAAGGGAAAAGGAUGAAAUAUUUGUGGGUCAUUUUGGUGAGUUUAAUGGGGUGUGUUUUUUUGAUGAGAAAGGGUGGGGGUAAGGGGGUACGGCCUGGGCAGUAAAGAAAGAAAACAGGUUGUUUGGGUUUAUUUUAGGGUGAGGAAAAAUCCAAUGAAAUUAUGGCUAAGGGUUUGGGUUUAGGAGGGGUAAAUUCAUUCCAAAAAGGAUCGUAGGAUUUAGUCAUUAAUCCGGUAAUUUGUUUAAGGACUUUCGUAGGUACCGGGGGUAUAUCAGGCCGCCCCUCCUUCAAAGUUAGAUAUGCCUUCAAUGUUAGAUAUGCUCACAAGGAGAAAAGGGGCAAAGAUGAAAUGAUGAACGGCAAACGGCUUUUAGUUUAUAUGUUCGAUGUUAGGAGAGUGUGAGUUGAGCUGAGCUAUGGUUAGAGAUGUGCUUUGACCAUGGGAGAAGAGACGGCCAUGCGUCAAAGGAGCUAAUCCUGCUAGAUGAUGGUGCUAUGGUUUAAAAUACAUAAAAGCUUCUUUCUUCUCAUCGCACUUCUACGCCCGACUAAGCCCGCCCAUAUCCCUCUCCGGCAUAGAAUCCACAGUUUCAAGAGUCUUUUGGAUUAAUAAUAAUUCAUGGAAAUAGAAACCUCUCUUAUGAUGCUAUCACAGCGCUUUAAUCAAAACUAUACUCAUCCCCUUGAUAUACUAUAUAUAAUUCAUGGAAAUAGAAACCUCUAUUAUGAUGGUAUAAUAGCUUAAUCAAAAUGAUACUCCUUGAUAUAAAGCCAAGAAGCACAUUCUGCUAAUCAUCAUGAAUUCUAUCCAAAAACAACGUAGUAUUUUCCUAGCCUGCUAGCUAAAGUCUUCACACUCUAUUCAUGAAUCAUAUGAUGGAGACUCGAUCAUCUCCUUAUUCUUUUUAUUUGAAUCAAGUACAAGUCAGGUUUUUGAAGCUGGGAAAAGCAGUUGACAUGGGAUUGAAGCUUUUUGGCACACAACACAUAGAAGAUUAUGCUGCUGUAUUGGGUGUUGCGGUAGUUGUCGUAGCUGACCCUGAAUCUGUAACUUCUCUCAAAAUGACGACCUCUAAGUCUAAAUCGGGUUCUGGAGUGGUCCUCCACAUGUCCUUCAAUGAGCGUCCACAACACGCCUUGGCAUGACCGUCAACGUAACUAUCUUCUGGGUCAUGGCUAGGUACAUUGACUCGCUCAGGAUUCAAAGUUUUGUUAAGAAUAAAUUAUUCCAUAGAAUUUUGCAAUAACAUUUCAUUUCCCAAAAUAUGAUAUGAUUCAAUUGAAAAUUGUGGUGCUGCAAAUAGGGGGAGGAAUUGCAUCAUAUUCUGCACAAGUAGAAGGUAAAGGAAAUAUAUGGUGUUAUUCGGU